GCUGAAACUGCGACUGCGACUGCGUCGACGCCGUCCAUCGCCAUCGUCCGCGCGUCGCCGCCGGUCCAUUGUCCCUGGUGGUGGUGGGGAACAAGUGGGGCUUCCACGAGAAGCUGCCGUCUAAAAGGGGGGUCGUUCGAGCAACAUUCAAAUUGACCUGGGUUUGAAUCUCCUUACAAAGUUUCAGUCAAAGAAUUCUUUCGUGAAUGUGGCACAUUGUGUAAGACACACCAAACACUUCCUCAGCCAUACUACAACCGACGCCGCUGCAACGACGAUGACGACGCUCGUAGUGGGGAAGAACCUGCCUGGUAGCCGCAAUGAGGAGUUUUUCGGCUGGGAGGAGACUGCGGGAGGACGUGGAGCUGAUGCAGGUGGCGCCUUCGAGGUGGAGCAGCUGAUCCAGCGACAGAUCCGCGCGGACCCGACCGCUCUCUCGCAGAUCUACGACGUUCCAGACGACCAGGACACCUAUUUGUGGCAGUAUGAACAUCUGCGUCAGGUGAUGAAGGAGUUGAACGUGCUGGUAGCUCGACUUGAUGGUAGCUGCACCCGCGAGUCGUGCCCUGUGAUGAAGGCCACGGACGACUGGGUGUUCCUGUGCGCAGCCCAUAAGGCGCCCAAGGAGUGCUGCGCCUUCGAGUACAUCGUGCACACCAUGGACAACGUCAACACGCUGCUGACCAGCAGCCGCGUUUUCCCGUCGCGUGUGAGCAUCAGCUCUAACGCAACUCAGUACUUCCAGUCGGUCUCGCGCCGCCUGUACCGCAUCUUCUCGCACACGUACUUCCACCACCCAGAGGUAUUUCAGGAGUUCGAGGACAACUCGUAUUUAUGCCAUCGCUUCGUCUACUUUGCGCUGCACUUCUGUCUUAUCCCCAAGAGUCUGCUGAUCAUCCCUGACAUCGGCUAGAUGCAGCUACCACUACAAAGUGACCGCCGUUUGUGCGUAGAUAAUGUGACUUUCUCUUUCGUUUUCAUACAAGAGCGUUAAUUAGUGAUUCAAUGCUGUAGACUGAGGAUGCAGAGGAGUUCUGUCUACUCUCUUGAAAAAGCUAACUGGCACGGUUCUCACGACCGUCGCAGAUUGUUCAAGCGUGCUUCAAGGUC